AUCAAAACAGGGUAAUUAAAAGAGCUUUUUGAAGCAUAAUCCAUUCCAAAUGGUUGUCCAGGUCAAACCUAGCUCGCAUCACUGCAGCAAGACAAUUGAGGGAACUCAGCAAAAAGUGGAAGCUAAUAUCUUAUUACUUGGGGCUGAAAAUGUAGGGAAAUCAGCGCUCACCGUCCGAUUUAUUACAAGAAGAUUUAUUGGCGAGUACGGUGAAAUAGAAUCAAUUUACAGUCAUAUUGACACAGUUGACGGGAGGGAAAUAUCCUUCAACAUAUGGGACUCGCUCUACCCACAGGACAGUGCAAUAACCGAGUCGAUAAGUGAGAAACAGCUUCAAUGGGCAGACGGCGUGAUACUGGUAUACAGCAUAUGCGACCGCUCCAGCUUCGAGGUAGUGCGUCAACAAGUGCAGCGCAUCCGCCACGCCAGUAGGAAGAUGUCUGCAACAGCGCCCAUCAUCAUUGUUGGAAAUAAACGCGAUUUGCAGCACCGACGGACAGUCACUAGUGAGGAGGGCCGACUCCUUGCUCUCUCGGAAGACUGCGUAUUUUUCGAGAUAUCCGCAGCUGAAACAUACCACGGUGUUUUGCUGGUGUUCCAUGGACUGAUAGAUCUUAUCAAAGAGUCAAGAGCUCUGCGGAAAGGUGCUGCGGGUAUUAAAAGUAUAGUGAGAAGCAUGUCAGCUGUAUUCGGGAAGAAACGUGCAGAGUAAUCUACCACAGGAUGACUACAUUAUGCGCAAUGGGAUUUGGAUAGUCAGAACAUGUAGGUAUGUUAUGCGGUUGGCCAAUGCAGGAUGGAGGCGCAAUUGAGAAAAAUGGUCUAUGGCAGGUUGUAGUGCAACAGGUUUGCAACAGGUUUUGAUAGGGAACUUAAUUUGGACGUUUUUUAGAGAGGAGAAAUUGGUUCUCUUUCAAUCAUUUAUUCUACUUUUUGAAGUUGAAAAGUAGGUAUACAGUACUGUAGAUAAACUGUAUAAGAAAUCAUGUGCGCUUCCAUACUUCACUCAAUAGGUAUUCAAUGUGAAGCAUGAGCAGGAAUCUGAAGUAGCUGACAUCUGACUACUGUUGAUCUGAUGGAAGUCCUACCCAUUGCCAAUUGUUAGGGAAUUUAUUUUCAGUGACAAUGUACACUCAAAGUUUGUAAUAUGUUGAAGGCUUGAUGUGUGUAUAAUCAGCAAUGCAAAACAAUUACAUUUCAGUAUUAUACUUUAUCUAAAAACAAACCACUUUAAACUUAGUAAUUAUAUGUUACAAGUUCUAGCAGACUUGAUGCUUAUAUGUGCUGUGCACACCUUUGUUUGAGAAUUGUAAAUAAAUAAAUUAACAUAUUGAAAUGUGGAUAAAACUAUU